ACCGUCCACCAGCCACCGCUUCCCCGGUUCCCCCUACGCCCUCGACCCCCGGCCCCGAUCCACGAUCCUCAAAGCCCUAAUCUCCCUCCCUAGCCUCUGCAGCUAGCUGUUCCUGACACCCCUUGCGGUGCUGACAUGAAGUCUGACGACGACGGUGCCGACGGCAGGGAGGAGGGCCGGCGCGUCGCUUGCGAGACGGGGCCGGGGAAGAAGGAUAGGAAGAGGAGGCGGAAGCGGAAGAGGAAUCGGAGCGGCGCCAAGGCUGCACCGCCUGCGCCUCCACCUGCCCCAUCCCAGGAGCACCGCGCUACCACCAGCGACGACGAUGGGUCGGCUCAGGUCAGGGCCAUGGUGGGCGAGCAGGUGCGGCAUAUGCUCGCCGUCCGCGACGCCAGGAAGAAAGAAACUGCCGAGCUACUUAAACGCCUCAACGGGGAAAGUGACUUAUCUGUGGAGGAUACAUUUGGUAACUGCAAUGAUGGCAGCCUUGAGAGUCUCCAGGCUCGUAAAGUUGCAUUGUUGGUCUCAAAAUCAAUCGUCAGCCUGUCUUCUUUUGCAGGUGGAAAGAGGAUCCGUGUUUGCUCAGGAUUUGUGAUGCGCCGAAAAGACGAUACCGAUGUAAAUAUGGUUUUAACCUCAGCAACACUUGUUAGAUCUCUGAAUGGAGAUAAUAAUGUGAUCUCUGACGUGACGGUCAAGGUUCUUCUACCUGAUGGGCAUAUAAUAGAUGGCCACAUCUUUCUUGUGGAUUUUCACUAUAAUGUAGCUGUUGUCAAAGUUGCAGCUUAUUUAGCGCUCUUAGAAGAAAGCACUACCAACAAUGGAGCUGUGUUAGCACUUGGACGUGCAUAUGAAGGUGGUUAUAUCAUGUGUUCACGGGGUCAAGUUUUAAACAAGAAAAGCAAUUUUGGGUGCGCGGAGCUAUUGGUGUCAAGCUGCGAGGUUUCAAUGGCUGGUUCUGGAGGACCUCUUGUCAAUUACAAUGGUCAAGUUCUUGGUAUUAACUUUUAUGAAGACGAUCAAACAUCGUGCCUUCCAGUGUUAAUUGUUUCAAGGAUCCUGGAACAACAUCAUAGCUUCGGGAAAUUAAUUAGCCCUUGGCUUGGAUUAAGGUAUACUUCUCUUCAUAUGGUGACACUGGCAGUCCUGGAGCGUAUCUAUAGAAAAUUCCCAGAUGUUGACCAGGGUUUAUAUGUUUCAAAGGUUGUUGAGGGAUCACCUGCUGAUGUUGCUGGAUUAUGUGUCGGUGAUGUUAUUGUAAAAUGCGGUGAAAAGGUUCUCUCGAGUGUUCCAGAGUUUGGUGCAAUAUUACUGGAUGCUGCCGUGAGUCAUAUUGAAGCUGAUGGAGGUUGUGAUGGGGGCAUGGCAAUCGAGGUUGUAAUAAAGCGACAAGGAGAUGGCAGCACGGUGUCAAAAACUAUAGCUGCAGAGAUGCUGGAAGAGAGCAAUUACAACAGGUGGCCUGCGCCGAUGCCAAGCUACAAGAUGCGCGUAGUAAAUGUCACGCCGCAAGGCAUAGGCGUCUACUAGCACCCCCCCCCCCCCCCCCCCCCUCCUCAGCCUAGCGUUUGCAUGGUAGAGUACCUAACCGUGUCGAUUACACUUUUCUUCAUGAUCUCCAUGGCUUGUAUUUUUUUUUUGAGAAACAAUGACCUGUAAUUUGCUGUGGAUCUCGUGUUGAUCCACGGCUACGAUAACAAGCUGAUCAGAAGGAAAAAAAAAUGGAAGUACGCGUGUAGGCAGCCUUGGACUUUC